ACGCGAGGACUUUUUCGACCAAUCUGAGGACGCAAUUGUGGUCAGAUACAUCCAGGCGUACCGUAAUUGUGGUCAGAUGCAUCCACAGAGGUCGCAGUGUGAGUGUGUUCUCACUCUUUUUGCCUCGCAUUCAAGUCUUUUAUUGGUUCUCCUUUCUUCCCCUCGCAUUCGAGUCUUAAUCAGGCCAUACUCAUGUCAGGACUUUUUCGACUCAGCUCUGGACGUGAUUGCGGCCACCGUAGAUGCAUCCAGGUCUGGCCGCAAUUGCGGUCAGAUACGCUGAGAAAAGUGCUCGUGUGAGCAUGGAUCGAUAGCGCGCACACGCUCACAGUGCGGAGAAAGCGGGUGGUGGCAGCUCAUGAAGAACUCGCCCGUCCAAAAUCUCAAGAAGAUCAGCCAAAGUCAUUCUCUUCAUUCAACCACGCGGCUAAAUGCAUCCAGGUCUGGCCGCAAUUGCGGUCAGAUACGUUGACAAAAGUGCUGCUGUGAGCAUGGAUCGAUAGCGCGCACUGGCAGCUCACGAAGAACUCGCCCGUCCAAAAUCUCAAGAAGAUCAGGCAGCGUCAUUCUCUUCAUUCAAACCUUGUGCUCGUCCAUGAGUGACCAUCUUCUGUCAAGUUCUGUGUGAAUGCAAUUGCCAUGGGAUCGACCCACAGCCACAGGCAGGGAGAGAUCCUCUGGUACAUCCUGUUGGUUACUCUGCUGCUUACCAUGGAAGACGAUCCUGAAGAAGCUGAACUGCAUAAAAGAGCAUUCUUAUCCUACCCUUCGCGACCAGACGGGCAGAGCGGGCAGUGCCAGUUGUCUCUGCCCCAGGCCACAGCUGCUGGGGCUCUCUUGGGCUUGCUGUCCUUCGUCCUCCUGUACUUGUUUACUCUAUGGACCCGGGAACAUGCAAACCCACCUCCCGCUGGGGUUACAGUUCCGCACAGCUCUUGGGACAGGGGCAAAGAACACUUACCUUCCUCCUCCUCCUCCUCCUCCUCCGAUGAGGGUGCCAACUUGAAGGGUCAUCAUCCUCAUCAUCAUCAGGAUGAUGAUCAUGGUCAUCAGGGUGGCAACGUGGAGGGUCAUCGUCCUCGCCCUCAUGGUCAUCGUGAUGAGCAUCAUGAUGGUUAUCAGGACGUCAAGGGAUCGAAGCCGGAGGAGAACCAAGGUCCGCACACGAUGACAAGUGGUGGUCCUGGCAGUCCAAGGGGAUUGUCGGGGUCGGAUAGGACCACCAAGCAAGAGACGGAACAGAGGAGAAAGAGUAGGCGGACAAAGUCUGUACCAUCUGGGCCAUCAUCGAGAGUAGGGGGGUUCGUUUCUGCGACGGGCUGUCCUCUCAACUUCUUUCUGGCAUGGACUACGUCUGCAGCUGGGUUUACGUUGAGGUAUAGACGAACGAUCGAAAGUGUGCUUAGGCUGCAUCCCCAAUCUUGUGUGAUAGUCUACUCUGCGACACUCUCUCAAGCCAACUUCAGGCAAUUUUGGGACAUGGGUUACAACGUUCUUGUAGAGAGGCCUAACUUGCCGUACCUGCUAAGGGGCACCCCAGCUGAGAUCUGGUAUCGAGGCAUCGACCGAUGGAGUUCGGGCGAGUACUUCUUCAGCCAUAUCACGGAGAUCAUCCGGUUAGCAAGUCUAUACAAGUACGGGGGUGUGUACUUAGACACGGACGUUAUAGUCCUAAGGGAGCUGGACGAUUUGCAUAACGCCAUAGGCACGGAACUAGCCAAUGAGAGGGGAGAGCCCAAGGUUCUCAAUGGUGCCAUCCUAGCUUUCGACAAAGGUAGUCGGUUCAUAUAUGAAUGCAUGGUGGAGUUCAACUCAACGUACAGGAUUGAUUCUUGGGGAUGGAAUGGACCCGAGCUGGUGACACGUGUCGCCUCUAGAUUCCCUCAGGGGGAAGAGCUGCAUAUUCUGCCUACCACCGCCUUUUACCCAGUGCACUGGGGAGAGGUGGUUACGUACUUCGAGAAGGAGAAUAUGGAAAAGCAACACGACACGUGGCUCGACAUGGCGGACACCUAUCUCUUCCACUAUUGGAACAAGAUAACGGCCGAUAAGAUACCGCAGCCUGGGAGUUUGAUGUACAAGAUCUUAAAUAGGUACUGCAUUUUCUGCGCAGACACAGGCCCGGAUGGAUAGCAGCAGUAGCAGCAGCAGCAGCAGCAGCAGGAAUAACGGUCUUACCUUCACGCAAACUUCAUCCUUCUCGGGACCACAUACUGACUGUUUUGGUGCAACUCGGCUGUCGACCAUUCCCUGCCUCACUCAGCCUUGCGCGAAGCUCCAGUGAUCAGGCAACGUGAGCUUGCCUAGAGUCGACGACCCUUGGCUACAUCAUACCGUGUUCUCUGUGUGUGUGUGUGUUGUAAUGUGUGUGCGUGCGUGCGUGUGUGUGUGGGGGGGGGGAAGUGCGCGUGCGCCCACUGUAGAAGUCUGCACGAGACUGCAGCGAUCAGGGAACGUGAAUGUGUUUGCUUGUGUGUGUGAUCAGGGAACCUGACUGCGUGUGUGUGAGACUGUGAGUGUGUGCGUGCGUACUCAGCGAUUACAACCUUCGGUUACAUCCAUGUCUUACAGUGUGUGCGUGUCCAUAUUGCGGUACUCU